AUGCGUGCUACUGGUCUCCUUUCGCUUCUGUUGGCCGCCCCGGCCCUCGUUUCCGCCAAGGGCACUCUGGGUUUCUCCCUCGGCGAAAAGAACGCCGACGGAACCUGCAAGUCGACCAAGGACUAUGAAGACGACUUUGAUGCCCUGAAGGGUCUGUCCACUUUGGUCCGUACCUACUCUGGUACUUCUUGCAACACCCCCCAGAACAUCCUGCCGGCUGCCAAGAACAAGGGCUUCAAGGUCGUUCUCGGCAUGUGGGUUGGUAAGCCCACCGACACCAAUGACCUGCUGUCCGAGCCUUCCUUCAAGGGCGACUGGGCCGCGAUCAAGAAGGCCAUCCCCGGUCACGAGGACGUCAUCCACGCCAUCACGGUUGGUUCCGAGACUCUCUACCGUGGAGACUUGACCGGACCUCAACUCCACACCUACAUCAGCCAUGUCAUGAGUGAGGUCCCCAAGGGUGUCUUGGUUGGUACCGCCGACAGCUGGAACAAGUUUGCCGACGGCACCGGUGACGCUCUCUUCACCCAGGAGCCCAUGGUGACCUACGUUCUGGCCAAUGCCUUUGCUUACUGGCAGGGUACUGCCGCCGACAAGGCCCACAAGACUUACUUUGACGAUAUGUCCGGUGCCAUGUCGCACAUUCAGAAGAUUGCUGGCAAGAACGCCGACAAGAUCAACAUUGUCAACGGCGAGACCGGCUGGCCCACCGAUGGCGGCUCUGACUAUGAGGCCGCCAAGGCCGGCACCAAGAAUGCUGAGACCUUCUGGAAGCAGGGUGUCUGUGGCAUGCUUGACUGGGGUGUGGAUCUCUUCUACUUCGAGGCCUUCGAUGAAUCAUGGAAGCCUGACUCCAAGGGUGACAACGGCGAGCUCAAGGACGAACAGCACUGGGGUCUCUUCACCGCGGACCGCAAGGUUAAGUUCGAUACCACUUGCAAAUAG